UGUUCGGCGAGACCAUCCAUAACAAGCAUUCAGUCACUUUCUUUUCAACCAGAAGCCAUCUCUCUCUUUCUCUCUCUAAAUUAAUCAAGGAGUAGCCAUGGUUCAGUUGAAGCCUCUUACUGCUCUUCUUUUCUCGCUUUGUCUGCUUUUACCUUGGAUUUCUGCUAAGUCCACCGACGUUCACUACUGCAAUAAGAAGGCUAACUACGAUGUUAAGGUCAGUGGAGUCGAGAUAACUCCUUUCCCUAUUUCUAGAGGCAAAGAGACCACCUUCAGCAUUGCUGCAUCUUCUGAUAGGGCAUUCUCUGGUGGGAAACUUACAAUUGAUGUUUCAUAUUUUGGAUUUCAUGUCCAUGGUGAGACCCAUGACCUCUGUGCAAAGACGGCCUGUCCAGUUUCUGUGGGUGAUUUUGUGAUUUCGCAUUCCCAAUCUUUACCUGGAAUUACCCCACCCGGUUCGUACACUCUUAAAAUGUCAAUGGUGGAUGAGAACAAGAAGCAAUUGACUUGCAUUACUUUCUACUUCAGCAUUGGGCUUACGGCAUCAGAAACUUUGGCUUCCAGUUAAGUGCUCUCGAGGAUUCGCUCCAUCGAAUUCCAGGCUUUAGAUGUAAAUAAAAAGUUUCUAUUCCUGAUGGAAUAAACCUCGUAUCUGUCAAUCCUGAUUAAUCCUUUUUCUUUAUUGAGACUGUUUACAAUUUCCACUUACGAGCUUUCUUGAGAACAUCUCGAAAUCAAGUGGGCACUUACCGUUUGUUUCCUAAACUAACAGUUCAUGUAAAAUUUAUAUAAAAAUAAAUUAUUGUGGUGUAUUGAUGGCGGUGGAUGGAAACAAUCUUUAAUUUACAUGCAGGAUUGAAGUAUCCAAGGCCUUAAUCAA